CUGAGCUAUCAAUUUUCUGUAUUCUAUUUUUAUUCAGUUCUUAUGCAGCCCUCAAAAUUUUCUAUCAAUACUGCAUUUUUAUUAUAUUUUUAUUCAUUUUUUUUCAAAGUCUUCGGACUAUUUCCAUGGAAAAUUACUUUAUUUUCUAUUUCUCAUACUAAAGCCACUGAUCCGGAUAAUCAAGCAGCCAAGAAAUCAUACUAUAAACAUUUUUACAAUAUUUUUUUAAUAGUAUCGUUCACGAGCUUACAUAUAAAUUUUUAUAUUGAAGUACAAAAGACAACUGAUGAGACAGGAACAACUACAGUAGUCCGAAGAUGUUUAAUAUUUUAUGGAAUUAUAACAACAUUAAUUAUUUUGAUAUACUUUGUUGUACGACAUAAAAUUAUUUCUAAAGCUGUUAAUCAACUUACAAAGAUUGAUCAAGUCCUAAACGCAUGUAACAAUUAUAUCUUAGUAGAUAAUUUGGGGAUUCAUUAUCUACUUUUCAUCAAUUUAUUAACGUGUUUUUCUGCAACGAUGUUACAAUUAGCGACUCGUCCUUUGAUAGUUUUCUUUACGUGGUCUAUUCCAGCAGUAUUGUGCAAUUGGGUUCUAACACAGUAUAGUUUAGUGUUACACAUAAUAAUUAAUAGAUUAAAAUCUAUAAAUAAGUUUUUGCUUAAAUUAAAUAGAAUAUCGAUUGAUUUAGAAAGUAAGUCUAUUUUGUUUGUUAAAUUACCAAUCAUCGAGUCCAUUGAUACUGAGAUUACAAAUAUAAAAUGUGCAUACAUAGAACUUUAUUCUGUUUGUCUUCAAAUAGCUAAUUUUUAUACGUUUCCUACUUUAUUGGCUAUAAUAUUUUUAUGCUCUUUGAGUCUAUAUUUUUGUUACUUUGUUAUUAUUACGCAUUAUGAACUAGUGCCUUUUUCCAUGCCGGAACGAAUCAUGCAGAUUGUGUGGAAUAUUGUGGUUUAUUAUAUUUUAAUAAUUUUAAGUACAUACGUCAACAUUUUUACAAAUGAGUGUUUAUAUUUUCAGAAAAAAAGAACAGUAGAUAUCAUUCACUGGAUUUUGAAUACACAUAGACUAGAUAAAAAAACAGAAAAAAAAUUGAAAGAAUUUUCUCAACAUCUGCUCCAUGAGAACAUACCCUUUAAAGUGUAUGAUUUGAUGAUAUUAGAUGGCUCUUUAUUGUAUGCUAUUAUCAGCACUGCUAUUUCAUAUCUAAUAAUUCUAAUACAAUUUCGUUUUUACAAUGAUGAACAUACAUGAACAGUAAUUACUAUCGUCAAAAAAUUGAUGUCAAAUCAAUUGAUGAUUCAACGUUUAUCGAAGUACACGCAUGUAUGAUACGGG